UAUAACUAUGGAAACUUACGAAGAAACAUUAAUGAUGUACCGGGAUUAUGUUAUUUACAAACACAUACUUUCAGUUGUGCCACCAGUUCUCUUAAUUAUUGGUACUUUUGGAAACAUAUUUUCGUUUUUCAUUUUAAUAAAGAAAAAUGUACAAAAGGCAUCUACGUACUGUUAUCUGAUAGUUUUAGCAGUUAUGGAUUUACUAGUGCUUUAUGUGGGUCUGUUUCGACUAUGGCUUGGACAAUUUAUGAUAAACAUAGAGGAAAUAAGUAACGGGUUGUGCAAACUUGUGAAAUUCCUAGGAUAUUUUUGCAGCGAUGUGUCUGUAUGGCUUAUUGUUGCGGUGACUAUUGAAAGAACUGUAGUUGUGCUAUUUCCACUUAAGGCAAGGUUAUGUAAUGCCCGAACCUCUCGUUUAUGUAUUUAUAUACUUAUGCUCAUUUUCUUACUUGUAAAUUGCCAUUUCUUAUGGUCUGUAAACCUUCAACAUUUUUCAUAUAAUUCUUCCAUUAUUUCAAAAUGCCAGGCAAAAAUUGGCUAUAUAUAUAUUGUUGACAUUAUUUGGCCAUGGGUUGAUGCGGUAAUUUAUUCAUUUUUACCUUUUUUAAUUAUAAUUAUAUUAAAUAGCCUUAUUAUUAGAAAUCUUAUAACUGCAAAAAAGAAACGAAACGAUUUAAGGCAACAUUCUUUACUUUUAUCCAAUCAUUCACAACAAAUGGCGGGAAGUGAAACAAGCCACAAAAUUACGUGCAUGUUGUUAGUUAUAUCCUUUGUUUUCCUUGUGACAACGUUGCCAAUGGCUAUAGUGUUGAUACAUACAUCGCUUGCUGACAGUGUGGUGGAUGACAGCACACUUACAAGGAGGAUUUUGAUAUAUUCAAUUGCGGAAAUGUUAAUGUACUUAAAUCACAGUAUAAACUUCUUUCUUUACUAUGCAACAGGUAGCAUUGAGAUCUGUCGCAACGACACAAGAAGACAACCGAGAAAAGAAUCAUUAAAGACACAGAAACUUUUACAUUUGAAUGCGAUAGAGUCACUUUCCUCGCAUGAGUAACAGUAAACAUAACUGUAAUGAAUUGAAAUAU